AUGACUAACUGGGAAGUCAUAGCAAGAAGGAAAAGAGAGUCGGUACAAAAUGCCAUUCCAGAAGAAUGGCUCGUCCCUGAUAUUAAUAAGCGGAUGACGGAAGCAGGUUACAUUAAUUCCAAGUUGUAUAUUGAUACGCUAGUUCCAUCUCAAGAGAAAAAAAUUACCGAUUGUACCGUUUUGGAACUUUCUGCUAAAAUCUCUGCUGGUCAGCUCUCAUCGUGGGAUGUUUGCAAUGCGUUCUGCCACCGAGCCGCUUUAGCACACCAAUUAUUAAAUUGCUGUGUGGAAAUCUUCUUUUAUCGUGCUUUAGACAAGGCCAGAGAACUAGAUGAAAUCUUUGCCAGAACAGGCAAGACUGUUGGACCAUUCCACGGGAUUCCCAUUUCUCUGAAAGAUCAAUUGAAUAUUCCAGGAAUCGAUACUACCAUUGGCUAUGUUGGCUACGUUGAUAUUCAGGCCAAAAAACAGUCCUUACUUGCCUCUAUACUAGAGAAGAACGGUGCUUUAUUCUACGUCAAGACCACGGUUCCAAUGGCGAUGAUGGCUCCAGAGACCGUUUCGAAUUUGAUGGGAGUUACCUUGAAUGGUGUUAACUCAAGAUUCUCAAGUGGUGGUAGUUCGGGUGGUGAGGGAGCCCUCAUAGCUGCUCGGGGAUCUCUUCUCGGUCUUGGAACAGAUAUAGGAGGAAGCAUACGUAUUCCUGCCGCCUUCCAAGGCCUUUAUGCGCUUAGACCUUCACAUGGAAGGAUCUCGUACAUGGAUGUGGCUAACUCGUAUGUGGGUCAAGAGGUUGUACCAUCUGUUAUUGGUCCCCUAGCUACAUCUCUUGAAGACAUUGAGCUGUUGACUAAGACAGUUGUGGAGUCUGAGGCUUGGAAACUGGAUCCAAAAGUUGUUCCCAUACCUUGGCGUGACAUGUCCCAUCUACGGAAAGAGAAAUUACGUUUUGUCUGUAAUGUGAUGGACGGGAUGGUCAUGGUUCAUCCACCCGUAACGAGGGCCCUUUCGAAAGUCGUGAAUGCCCUCACUGGCGCGGGCCAUGAAAUUAUCGAGUAUGACUUUGACCACCACAAAGCUGUGCUUAAUCUGGCUACUAAAGCAUUCACUGCUGAUCAAGGUAAAGAAAUAGAAGAGGUUUGCAACUUGAGUGGGGAGCCUUUUGUGGAGGCCAUCAAACCUCUUGUGGGAUACGACCCUAACGAGCCUCCCAUUUCGGUAGAAGAGUGGUGGGCCAUUGGCGAGAGCAAAUCUCAUUUGAGAGAGAAGUUCUUCAAAUACUGGCAAGAUACCGCUAAACAAUUCUCUGAUGGCAAGAUGAUUGAUGCCAUUCUGUGCCCCGUUUGGCCGUCAGCCGGCUUCAAAAAAGACGAUGGCAACUACGCAGCAAUCAACUACACUGUACCAUUCAAUAUAUUGGAUUGUCCAAGUGUUAUAUUACCAGUAACACUAUCUGAUAAGAUGAUCGAUUUACCAAACGACACUUAUGUGCCAGUUGAUGAUUUCGACGAAAAAAUUCACAAUUAUUAUGAUCCAAAUGAAUUCCAUGGCAUGCCGGUAUGCAUUCAGAUCGUGUGUUGA